GUGGGCCGGGACGCGCGGCAGGGACUUUGCAAACUCUGCAAAAGUCCCUAGCUGAUCGCCGAGCCUCGCGGCUGCGGAGGACUCCCGCAGGACUGCAGAUCCGCGCAGACCCGCAGAUCCCGCGUGCAUUCGCCCAGACCUCCUCUAACAGCCCCACCCGCAGAGCAUCCCGGCGCGCCUCUCACGCCCUGGAGUCGUCGUGGGGCCACUUGGCCGUUGGGAAGCUGUGGACUUUCAGUCCGGGAAACUCGCGCCCAGGGAAGCCUGGAGAGCCACGGCGCCAGGGGCGGCCCGGGGAAGGCGGGAUGAGCUGGCGAGCUGGUUGAGCACGCCGAGGAGCUGGUCCAGUCACCGCCGGAGACAUGGCGUCUUGGCUCUGGAGAAAGCUGCGUGGCAAGAGGCGGCUGGUGAUGGCGUUCUGCCUCUUGAUGACUCUAUCUGUGGUGGCUGUUACCCGCUUCCCCCCACAGCAUCCAGCUGCUGGCCUGGACCCUGGUCCCGUGGAGCCCCGCGGAGAAACCGGCACCCCUGCCCCCCACAGCCGGCAGGCUCUGAGCUCCAGCCGGAGGCAGCGGGCAAGAAACCUGGGGUUCUGGAGAGGCUGGGCCUUGCCCAGGACUUCUGUCCUGGUGUGUGCUGAGGAGCAAGGCCACAGAGGGAGAGUGGACAAAAGCAGGCAGUCCCUGGGAGGGGACAGCGGGCAUCCAGGGAGGGUCAGGAGAGACAUUACUUUGGCAUCUCUGGGAGAUUUGAGACUCAGUACCCGGCGUCUCGUGCUCCUGAGGGAAGAUGAGGUCAGAGGUCCAGGAGCCAAAGACCUCGGCACAGCCUGGCACAACGGUCCCAUCCAGAAGGCACAGGAUGAGACAGGCACCCUGGAUGCCCUCCUCACAGGGCGUGACACGGCAGCUGUAAGGACUCUGAGAACUACUGCUGGACUGACCCCCCCACCCCAUCCAGUGGAAGGCAGGGAUCUGCCAGAAGCUGGCAAUAGAGGCUUGACUGGUGGGCAACAAGUACAGGAUCCUGCCCCAGCUGCAGGGGCUCGUCAGUGGCCUGGCUCUGUUGGGGAGCUGCAAGGAUCUGUCUGGUGUGAUGCUGAGACCCCUGGGCUGUUGAGCGACUCAAGGACCGGAGGGCAGGUUCCCCCAUGGCUCACAGAGCAUGAUGUGCAGACCCUCCGGCUGUUGGCCCAGGGGGAGGUGGUGGGCAAAGCCAGGGUCCCCGGCCAUGGGCAGGUCCUGCAGGUCGGCUUCUCCACUGAGGGCGCCCUACAGGACAUGUCUCCUGGGCUCAGCCGACUCUGCUCCCAGGGGCUCUGUGGCCUGAUCAAGAGGCCAGGGGACCUGCCCGAGGUCCUGUCCUUCCACGUGGACCGAGUGCUGGGGCUGCACCGGAGCCUGCCUGCUGUGGCCCGGAGCUUCCACAGCCCCCUGCUGCCCUACCGCUACACGGACGGUGGCACGAGGCCAGUCAUCUGGUGGGCGCCCGAUGUGCAGCACCUGGGUGACCCAGAGGAUGACCAGAACUCUCUGGCCUUGGGCUGGCUGCAGUACCAGGCCUUGCUGGCACGUGGCUGCAGCCAGCCGGGCCAGGCCCCAUGCCCGGGCAUCCACCGCGCUGAGUGGGCUCGCCUGGCGCUCUUCGACUUCCUGCUGCAGGUCCAUGACCGCCUGGAUCGCUACUGCUGUGGCUUCGAGCCGGAGCCCUCAGACCCCUGUGUAGAAGAGAGGCUCCGAGAGAAAUGCCAGAACCCGGGCGAGCUGCGACUGGUCCACAUCCUGGUCCGGAGCAGCGACCCAUCUCAUCUGGUUUACAUCGAUAAUGCUGGCAACCUUCAGCACCCUGAGGACAAGCUGAACUUUCGGCUGCUGGAGGGCAUAGAUGGGUUUCCUGAGUCUGCCGUGAAGGUUCUCGCAUCAGGGUGUCUACAAAAUAUGCUGCUCAAGUCACUGCGGAUGGACCCGGUGUUCUGGGAAAGCCAAGGUGGGGGCCAGGGGCUGAAGCAGGUUCUCCAGACCCUGGAGCGGCGAGGACAGGUCCUGCUGGAACACAUCCGGAAGCACAACCUGACACUCUUCAGGGACGAGGACCCGUCUGGCUGUUUACUCCCUUGCAGCAAUAAAUGCAUUCAAGAAUGUUCUAUGAACCGCCUCUAGAUACUGUGAAGCUGUACAUCCCACGUGUCUAUGCAGAGCUGGACAACUGUGUGUGUGUGUGCAUGUGUGUGCACGUGUGUGUGUGUAGGUGUAAGUGGCAUGUGCGCACAUCCGCACACAUACGUGAGAGGAGCCUUUAAUAAAGGAUCUUCACAGAAUUGUACUUGUGCCCAGAACUGCUCUCACUGAAAGUAGACUCACGUCUAAGAAACGAACCACUAAGUCUUUUGUCUUUAUAGGCUUUAAAUGUUCAAUUCUUAGUUAUGUGUUUGGUUGAAGAAUUAUAAAAGUAAUGCAUGCUCACUAAAAAUAAAUUCAUGAAUAAGAGAAGCAUAUAAGAUAAAAAGUGCAAGUCCCAGAAGCUCCCUAGAGAUGUUUUAUUCACACUCAUACUACAUGCAAAUUAAAAAAUAAUAAAAGUAGGGUCAUCUAUGUUUGCCAACUCACUGUUUUAACUUUAUAUUAGCCAUAUUAUGUAUCAGCCGUCUGGGUUGACCCAGUUCUUAUUGAUGACUGCAUGGGACUCCAAGGCAGGGAUGUGUCAUAUUUUAUUUAGCUGUUCCCAUUAUGAUGAAUCUUAGGUGGCUCCAACCCAUCACCAAUUAUAAACAAUGCUGCCAUGAACAUCUUUGCAUGGCGUGCAAGUAUUUCUGCUAACUAGAUUCCUGUAGGUGGAUUUCUGCAUCAGAGAGUAUGGGCUCUCUUUAUUUUGAGAGAAACUGCCAGAUUGCUCUCCAAAAUAAUGGUGUCAAUUUCCAGCCCACUAACAGGAAGGGGCCGACUGUCUUCCCACCACCACGCCGGCACUUGCUAUUCUCAAACUUUUUGUUUUUAUCCAUCUGAUAGGGAAACCUAUUUUUAAAACUGCAUUUCCUUAACUACUAAUGAGGUUAUCUUUCCAGUUAUUUACUAGUCCUUCAUAUUUUAUUUCCUGUGAGUUGCCUUUUUCUUUUGAGAUGUUUGUUCUUUGCUUGUUAAUUUGUUAGAGAUCUUUGAAUCUAAUUAGCGUAAUCAAUUUUUUUCUCUGUUCGAUAUGUUAUAAAUAUUUUCUUCCAGUCUGUCAUUUGUCUCUUGACUUUGUGAGUCUUUUGCCAAGUGGAAAACUUUAUUUUCCAUGUAGUCAAGUCUGUUUAUCUUUCCCUUUAAGUCUUUUGAGUUUGUUGCCUUCUUAGAAAGGCUGUCACUAUUUGAAGAUUAUUGAAAUAACCCCCUAUGUUUUAUUCUAGUAUUUAUAUAGUAUUUCUUUUACAUUCACUCUAAAUCUAUAUAAAAUUUACAUUUGAGAAUGGUGUGAAGAAGGGAUCUAAUUCAAGUUUUAUUUUUCCCCCAAAUAGACAGUCGGUUGUUCCAAAAUCAUUAUUCAAGUCUUUUCUUUCUCUAUUGAUCUGAAAGUAUACUCUUACAAUAUGCUAAAUUCCCAUAUAUUAUACAGAGGUCCAUUUGUGAACUCUGUUCUGUUCUAGUGAUAUUUUUUUCAGUUCCUGCAUCAAUAUGAUACUGUUUAAAGUUAUUUUAUUAUUUUCCUGUAUGGUAGGGCAAGUUCCCAUCUUUUUAUUCUAUUCUAUUUUUUAUUUGCUCAUUUUGUACCUUUGUCUUUAAUAUGGUGUCAAUCUGUGAAGCAUACCACCCCACUCCCUCAUGUGUAGAUUCGUUAACCACCACGGCAAUCAAGAUACAGACCUGUUCCAGUGCCACAAAGACCUCCCUCCCGCUGCCCCUAUAUAGCCACCUCCACCCUCUUUACUCUCUCCCGUCCCUAAUCCAAUUGGUGGUUUGAUUGGAAUUGUAUGGACUUGGUAGAUUAGAUAGUAGGAAUGUGACUCAUUUGCAGUACUGAGGGCUCUCAUUUAGGGACGUGCUUUAUCAAUCCAUUUAUUCUUUUAUAACUUCCAGUAACAUUUUAAAGUUUUCUUCAACAAAUAAACUCAUUUUAAA